AUGGGUCCUAUUGGGAGUGUGGAAAUGGUUCAUUCCAUCCGACCUUCUAACAUUGAGCUCUCACUUAACCAGCUUCUUCUCUUACUCAACUUAGAGAAAUAUUUUGAGAAUCUAAAAGAAUUCUCAAUAAAGCAGGUAAGCUGAACAAAUAGACAUGUUUUAAAGAAUUCUUAGUCAUUUCUAACUUAGCCAGUAAAGAUAAGUUUAUUCAAAUUGCAAAUUUUAUAAAUGAAAAAUACUGUUUGUUUUGCUAUAAUUUUUUUUUAAGGAUGCCCUGAUUUCACAAAAAAAUAAAACCCUUGAGGCCAGAUACAGAUAUGAUCCACUGUGCAACUAAAUAUAUUAGUAAUACUAGGUUUAAAACUUAAAAGAAGUAAUUAACUCUUUCUCUCCGGAAUUAUUUUCCGCGUUCUGACAGAAUUAUCUAUUUUGCAUUUUUGUAACGCACUACUAUGUUAUCUCUAAACCUUCAUAACUUUUUUGUUUUUCAUCAGAAAGUGCUAAGUUUGGUAUGGAAUUAUAGGAGAAUGUAUGCCCUUUACAAGCAAACCAGACUUGGGUUUACAUUUUAAUAUAUAAAUGUGAUUAUCAUUUCAGAAAAAUAAAAUUUAAAAAUAAAAAAACUUACCAACUGUUCACAAAACGCUCAUUCCAAGUCACACGAGGAGAAAUAUAUAAUCCAAAGUGAAACAAAAAUUUUUUUUUUUUUCUGAACUAUAUCCAUAUGUGCAUCACAAAUAAUAAAGAUCAACUUAAAAAAUAAAUAAAAAUGAACCUCAGAGCACAUUGUCACCAUCACACAAAAAAUUUGUGAACAAAAUUUAACUAUUUCCACUGGAAACAAUUUGUUGCUAUUAUAAAAUAUUUCGUUGUAUUCUUGUAUGUACUAACAUUAUAAUGGUAAAUGGAACAUUUACCAUACAUUUGUCAUAUCUUUUCAUCUGUAUUUAGCUAUGGUAAGCCUAAAACAAUUCAUAUUGAUUUGCACUUUAGCUGGGGGAGGGGCUGGUUUUUCAUCAGCUGAUGAAUUACCAAUGUCAUUAUUUGGUCACUAGUACUACUAAUACUAGGAUUAUAAUCAUACUAUUUAAAGGAAUCAGCUUCUGCAUAUGAGAUAAUAAAAUCACUGUCUGAAUCAUCAUCAGAGUAAUAUUUUCAACCUUUAUUAGAUCGAUCACCAGAUGGGUUAGGUCAAGAUUUCAUGUUUGUAAACAAAAAUAAAAUAGACAAUCAAAACAACCGCUUCAAACACUUCGUUCUUUGCAAAACCUCUUUCAAACACCAAAAAACUGGAUGUUUUACAAAGGGAAAUCAUUCUGGAAUUGAUUUAAAAUAACUAAAAACCAUUAGCUAAGAAAAGAGCCGAAAUAAACAGGUUUUUAUACAUCGACGAUGCCAUUGUCGAUACGACAAAAUCUUCAUUUCAAAUCCACGAUGGGAGCGUUGUUCCAGAGAGAAAGAGUUAAAUGGUUAUUGAGGUGUUAAAAUAUUGUUUUCUUCUCUUGCAGGUCAUUCAAAUGUCUACAGAAGACUUUGCCAAAGCUGGUCUACCAGCAGAUGCUCAGGACAGAUUGAGGAAGAAACUGGACAAACUGAAGUGUGUUCUUUAAAAAAAUUUGUCACAAUAAGUUUUAACAUAAGUUAUUUAAUUUCCAACUCCUGGCUUUCUUCUGGUAAAGGUAGAAGAGAAAUAUGAAUAAUUAAGAUGUUUUUUAAUGUUAUCAAGGAAAGUGUUUCUCUGCUAGCAGAAUACAUUUUGCUAUACUGAGAAUAGGAUAUGAUUAACGUAUAACUUUUUAGGGGGGAAAAAAUACCUUUUAAUUAAUGUAGUUAUUCACAUAAAAAACUUAUGAUCAGGUGUCAGAGCUCUCACUAUAGAGUGCGCCUUUAAGUUCUAAAUUUUAAGAAUUCUGUUACACAAUAUUUGAAUAUUUUAUUGCAGGCAAACUCUUGACAGUAAUGGGAUCACUGAAUCUCUUAGCAGGACUUCAUUCCCAGAGUCACCAAUGUAUCAAAUUAAUUGUCUUCCAUCUGGAAGUCCGAUGUACAUGACCCAGCCAUAUUGCUCUAUAUUCCACCCCACACCAGCCUACACCCCUCAGCCCAUAGGACUGCUUCAGUCUCCUCCAGGACACUAUCAACCAGGUGAAACAUCUCCUGCCAACACAGAAGCCAUGAGCCCUCCACCUAGUCCUUUGCAAGUGUCAGGUUUAACAGCUGACCAGAUGCAGGUUCACCCCAUAGGCCAUGUGCCCUUAGCUGCUGGACCCACAUCCCUUAUGUCAUCUCC